AUGCACUCGUCAUCAGUGACACCAACCGAGUCGACAUCCAACGCUCUCUGCUACUUUAGCUUCGUCCCGCCUUCCCACCCUGAGACCAGCUUCGUCGACCACUUCUCUUCCGAGACUCCCUCGCCGGGCCUGUACUCGGACGACCUUUCGGUGCAAACCCCCUCGGAGCCCACCAACCCGCUGCUCGCCGCCCGUCCUUGGUCUGUCUCCUUCACCGUCAGCCCGGCCGCCAUGGACGCCUCCAAGAUCCUCCAGCUCCAGACGGCUGCCGCCUACUCGUACCAGAGCCGCCCGCAGCCGCAGCCGGUGCAGGACGUGCUGGACCUCAGCCCCAUGAGCAGCCGGUCCGGUUCGGACGCCUCGUCCAGCACCUCGUCCUCGUCCCGCACCUCUGUGUCCGGAGAGGUGCCCACCGUGCAGUUCAUCCGCUGCUCGCGCUGCCACCGGACGGACACGGCCGGCUCCAAGAAGAUGAUCGGCUACGGCAUCAACUCUUAUUACUGCGUCCGCUGCGCGGACAUUGUGGGCUACAGCCACACCGGCUGA